GGAAAUUAAAAAAAUAAAAAAUAAAAAAUAUAUUUUCCACCCCAACAUUCCAUUUACUUUCUCUAUACAAUUUAUCAUAUUAAUUAUUUAAAAAUAUUUAAUUAAAUUAGAAAAACCAUCUCAGCGUUACAAGGGCUAAAGAUUGGGAAGUGGAGCCAAAAAACACGCCAGACGAAAAUGGAGUUUCCUGGACCGGCUCGCUUCGUUUCUCGAACAGCCGCGAAAAUGGAGUUUUCAAUUGCACCAGACGAAGACUCCCGCCUUGAGGAAGCCCUAGAGCAUUUCGGCCACAAACACGACGAAGCCGCCGACGACAUGGCUGAAAAUUUAGUAGAUGUCCGGCAAACUGCUAUCGGCAACAUAGGUCAAAUCCAUGCGCAACUCAAUGAAGAUAAUCUCCAAAAACCCAACCAUGAAGCAACGGACACGAAGCCUUUUGAUUUCGCCAACCCAAUCGUUGAUGUGAAGGAAGAGCAACGAGAAGAAUCUGAUGAGAAAAUUUUCCCUACCGCGAUUGCAGCAGUUCCUUUAUGUGGUGCCGGCGGAGUAGCCUUGUGAUGUAAAAAUGGAAUCUAAAUAGGAGCUUGAAGCGGCUGAGAUUUUGGCCAGAGGUACGCGGAUUGUGAAAGACGAGUCUAUCGAAACAGAGAUGGUGUUGGUAAAAACAGAGCCCGAACUUACGACGACUGAAGCGCCAGUGACUUUGGAAGAGAAGCCGAGGCAGAGAUUAAUUUUUCUUUAAUAAUUGAUAUGAUAAAUUGUAUAGAGAAAGUAAAUGGAAUUUUGAGGU